ACAAGCUCCGUUAUUUUUAAGAAAUUAUUGCUCUUGAUAGGAUCUGAAAAAGUUCGAAAUAAUGACUGCACUCGUCGAAUCUGAUACGUCUACACUCGAGGAUAAGGAUGUGUUGCUGAUUUGCGAAAUAAUUCCACUGGAACUGGAGGAAGACAUCAUUGAAACUGUCCCUGUAUCAGCACCUGUAUUAGCGUCUGAGCUCCAGCUGGAAUCAACAGCUCCGUCAACCGAAAUGUUGAAUGAAGUAUUACCAAGUAACGAAGUAAGACCCAUCCAACCCAGAAUGUCCGACUGGAAUCAUGAAAAAUAUCGAAAUUCCUUCGAACCUGAAAAACACUGGGAUCUCCGACGAAAGUUCAUCGAGCAACACAAAUGUAAAAUUCCGGAAGCUGAGCUUGUGGCGUUAGCCCAAGCUUUCGUAAAUGUAGAAAUUCUGGGGACAGUUUAUAGUGAAGAGAUGAUGACUCGUUUAGAUUUGCUGGGAUCUGCGAUAGCGAAGGAUUAUCGCAGAUACAAACGCUGCAAACCAAAGAGAGUCACAGUUUUGGCAACAGUUGCAGCGAAGGACUGGAUUCAUCAACGGUCAAAAAGGAUAAAGCUGUGCGAACGUAGGAGUUUUGCCACUCAUUUGCUGAGUCCAGUGUUCCCUGUUACCUCCAUUGAGGAUGUAUACCGGAACUUUGUUCUUCUUGACGACGACCUAGAGGAAAGUGGAAGAGAGUUUGAGAAACUAGGCUGCGGAUGGAUCGUGCACGACAUGAGGCGGAACGAGCAGCUACAACAAUGGGAAGCAACGGUUACAGUUGCCGGCUAUCUUUUAGUCGAAGUGGCAGGUCCAUUUCGAAAGCUGAGGCAUAAAUGUCAAGAAGUUUUCCUAAAUUUGCUGAGAAAGAAGUGCUACAAGGUUAAGACUAAUCCUAACCGACCUUGGGAUAGUUGCAAUGUAGAAAGACUAGAAUCCGAUCAGGAGUUGGAUUGGAAUGGAAAUCCGUAUGAUAGACGUCUAUUAGUUACUGCCUCAUCAAAAGACCAACUUCGGGAAGACAAUGUGGGCUUUCGUUUGUUGCGUAAACUCGGUUGGGGUGGAGGUCCUCUAGGUAAACACCAGGACGGCAUCCUGGAUCCUAUAGAGGUACAAGCUAAACGCGGUCGAAGAGGGUUGGGCUUACCGCAGUUAUCACUCAAACCGCAGCAACCAGAUGAUUCCCGCUUUGCUCAUGUUCCCGUCAAUAAUAAUGCGCUGCUGGAUGGCCUAGACUUAACGAAAAUACCUUUUCGAAUCGACGUUUGUUUCUAUAAGGAUUUAAUGAGGAAUUUCAAAACAAAAAAGCUGGGUUAUGAUCUGAUAUUUUCGGCUGAUUUUUCCGAAACAGAGAGGGGCUUGCUGGUGAAAAUAGCAUCUGACCUGGAGCUGCACUGCACCACAAUCACCUACGACUAUGAAAACUAUCAGUUUGUGCUGAUGAAGCAUCGGAUGUCACCCCAUGAGUUGUUGGUAAAAUUGUUGGUAGAGAAAAAUCACGUUUAUCGCUCGUUGUAUACUGUCGAACCGCCUGAAGAUGGCCUCUUUGAGUAUAAUGAAAUAUUAGAGCUGUGCUCUUGAUAAAAUUUGACUGCGUUCAUUAGUUGAAG